CGGCCUGGGCUGCCGGGGGCGGCCGCGGAGGGGAGCGGCUGAGCGCCCGCCAUGGACAGGUUCGCGUGGGCCAGCGGGUUGCUGGAGCUGGGAGAAACGCUGGUGAUCCAGCAGCGCGGCGUGCGCCUCUACGACGGGGAGGAGAAGGUGAAAUUUGAUAGUGGAGUGUUACUGCUUAGCACACACAGACUAAUUUGGAGGGAUCAGAAGAAUCAUGAGUGCUGCUUUGCUAUACCUCUGUCUCAGGUCGUCUUUAUUGAGGAACAAGCAGCUGGGAUAGGAAAGAGUGCCAAAAUAGUAGUUCAUCUUCAUCCUGUUUCUUCAAACAAAGAGCCUGGUCCAUUCCAAAGCAGCAAAUAUACCUACAUCAAACUUUCUUUCAAAGAACAUGGGCAGAUUGAGUUCUACAGACGAUUAUCAGAAGAAAUCACACAAAGGAGAUGGGAGAGCAUUCCUACUGGUCCAACCAUUCAGGUUAACAAGGAUUCAAGGGCAGGAAGAAUAAGGGCUGUAGGAAUUGUAGGGAUCGAAAGGAAAUUAGAAGAAAAAAGAAAAGAGACUGACAAAAACAUUUCCGAGGCUUUUGAGGACCUUAGCAAACUAAUGGAGAAGGCUAAAGAAAUGGUGGAGUUAUCCAAGUCAAUAGCUAAUAAGAUUAAAGAAAAACAAGGUGACAUCACUGAGGAUGAGACUAUUAGGUUCAAGUCUUAUCUACUGAGUAUGGGUAUCGCUAAUCCAGUUACUAGGGAAACACAUGGAUCUGGCACACAUUACCACAUGCAGUUGGCGAAGCAACUAGCUGGAAUAUUGCAGACACCAUUAGAGGAGCGAGGAGGGAUCAUGUCCCUGACAGAAGUGUACUGUCUGGUAAACCGUGCACGAGGAUUAGAGUUGCUGUCACCAGAAGAUUUAGUAAAUGCUUGCAAGACACUGGAGUCACUGAAAUUACCACUGCGGCUUCGGGUGUUUGACAGUGGUGUGAUGGUGAUUGAACUUCAGUCUCAUAACGAAGAGGAAAUGGUAGCUUCUGCUUUAGAGACAGUAUCUGAAAAGGGUUCUCUAACAGCUGAUGAGUUUGCUAAGUUGGUGGGGAUGUCUGUUCUCUUAGCCAAAGAAAGGCUGCUUCUUGCUGAAAAGAUGGGCCAUCUUUGCAGAGAUGAUUCAGUGGAAGGCUUGAGAUUCUACCCGAAUUUAUUUCUGACACAAAGCUAAUGUAGUAUGUGUAGUUUGUUGUGUAACAAUUGAACAAGAGAGCAGAACCCUUCCAACAACUGACUUUAAUAAGUUUAUUUUGUUAGUGAACUGCAGCAGUGAUGAACAUUGCAAUGCUUUACAGUUCUCAGGUAUUUCAAGUGCUGAAUCCUCUUAUGUGGAACUGAAAUGAAAUAGGAGUGACUAAGUUAGAAGCUUGUUAAUUGUGUCAAGCUGGUUAGCUCAUGUUUCAAGUUUCAUUCAAUGUGCUCUGUAGUUUCUCAUUUCAUGAGAAGUCAGAUGAAGAUUCCACUCAAGUGAAAGCAGAGAGAAUAUCCCUGUAGUCUGCUGUGAGGAUCAGCACCCAGAAGACAGGUUGCUGCAUACUCCAAUUUCUGUUUGUUUAUGUCUAGAGUAACAAAGCAGACAGAUGUAUCCGUAAUGAUAAGAAAAGGGACUUUGGUUUGUACUAAGGUGUAAGGAACAAACCAGGGUAGAAUAACCCAUUCUCCCUGAAGUGCUAAACUGUUUUCUCAGAGAGGGUCUUGGGGUUCUAUGAGAUAGAAAGAACCUGCUGCAGAAGAGAUUAACUUAUGUUAUUUGAAAACACAGUGUUUAUUUUGUCAUGUCUUACUCUAAUGUCUCAGAUAGAAGCAUUGUUAGCACAGACUUCCUCCCUUCUCUUUCCAUGCCAUCUUCCUUCCUGUCUCACUGUGUUGCACUUUGGGUGCUCUUUCUCUGUCCUCUCUUUAUGUAGCAAAGUGAAGUAGCCUCCUGUCACUCUACCAGACUCUGCUUUAAUGUGCUUGGUUUUUAUAUUGUCCUUCUAAUGAAAGAUCAUUUGUUUCAUCAGCCUAUUACCUGUUUUGGAGAGACAGUUCAUUUGUUUUAUAGCUCAUAUGCAAAAACCCACAUGCUUUCAAUACUGAGGGGAGGAAGAAGACUAUCACCCUGUAUUUAAUAGUCAUGAGGGAUCAUAUUGUUGGGUAUUUCUCACCCUGUGUUCACACUGAAUGCAAUUUGAUAUUCUCAGUUUUAAUAACUCCAGUGGAGUUGUUAUAUUACUUGCAGAUCUGUUAAUGCUAAUAAUUGUAAGUGGAUGUUUACCAUCCACGUCACAUUUUUGGCACUUUGAAGCGACCAGUUUAAUAAAUAACAAAAUUAAUUCAAGGUAUGGGCAAGGACAAUAUACAGAUAACUGCACUGCAGUUGCAUUGGCCAGAUUGGCAUACUGAAAGAGAGAAAACAGCUUUUAAGUGCCCAAAAAUAUUUUCAGAACUAUUGUGAUGUUAGCAGAGCUUAGACAAGGGUUAAGAGCCUGCUGAUAAGCAGUGCAAUGCAGAGAUCCCUACAGUGAUUAUGCUUUUGGUCCGUAGGAUGCUGAUUUAGAUCCUUGGAAUUGUGUCCUCUUGUCACAAGCAAACUUUUAUGCAGUGCUUUCUUUAGGGCAGUUUUCCUCUGUUUCAUGAAGGUGCUAAAACUAAUGGAUUUGACACAGCUGGAGGAACCGGUUCCAUUCAGUUCUUACUGUGUUAACCAUGUAGUACGAUCUCUUCAGGAUGGUGUGGCUGCUGCUGUUCUUCAUCCUCCCCACAACCCACAGAAGAGAUCUGUGUGAGGUGCACCAAGCAUCACACAUCUAAAGGGGGACUGAGAAGUAAGAAAUUCAGAAGCAAAAAGCUGCUUUGUGAUAAUCUGUUUUUUUGCCCGAUACCCAAACACGUCAAGGGAGACCAGUGGUUUAUAGGACUGAAGCUCUCCCCGCAAAGGGGCAUGUCUUCUGCAGAAUGAACAAAAAUGUGAGUCUGAACUCCCAGCUUCCCUUGCUCCAACCAUGAGUAUUUCAUUAUCUUCAUUAAGCAAUAACAAUACAGACUAUUUAGAAAGAUGGUACCUUCUUGAGCUUUUCUUUCCCAAGAUUUUUCCUUGACCUUUUUUUUUUUUUCUACAGGGAAGAAAUCUGUAGGGUAAAUUAUAUAGCUGGUUUAGAAUGUAAACAUAUGUGUGAGAAAAUGAGACAAUUACUACUAGAAAGUAAUAAAAAUUGAGUGAUUUUCUUA